GUUUAUUUAUUUAAUAGAAAACUGGUAGCAUGGAUGAAGCCGAGAGCGAUGUCGCAGAAGAAGAUAUUCCUGGUCUUCGUUGCCAUCAGUACUGUCAGUCUUCUGCUGCACCAUGGGGGCCACUUGAGCUGGACCAUGGAGGCCUUCCACCUCGGCUGUCCUGCCCUCCGUUCCCACCCUUCCCCAGGCCUGAAACCUAAGCACACCAAUGUGGCCUUCCUCAAGACCCACAAAACGGCCAGUACCACCAUGCAGAACCUGCUGUUCCGCUUCGCAGAGCGCAACAACCUGACUGUGGCGUUGCCUGUGCAGGCCUGUGGCCACCAGUUCUGCUACCCGCGCUCCUUCACCUCUCAUUUUGUCCACCCCCACACGCUGCCGCCAAACAUCAUCACCAGCCAUAUGCGCUUCAACAAGGCAGAAAUGCAGCGUCUCAUGCCUAACGACACGAUAUACGUCACAAUCCUGAGAGAGCCCGGCUCCAUGUUCGAGUCCUUGUUCAGUUACUACAACCAGUACUGUCAGAGUUUCAAGAGGGUCCCCAACGGCUCCCUGGAGGCUUUCUUAGCUGAGCCCUGGCGAUACUACCGGCCAGAUGAGAAGGACUCCAUGUACGCACGCAACACCUUGACCUUCGACUUGGGCGGAGACAAGGAUCGCCCCGCAACAGAUGUGGCAUAUGCACGGGCCUUUGUGGCGGAAGUAGACCGGGUGUUCUCCUUGGUGAUGAUUGCAGAGUACUUUGAUGAGUCACUAGUUCUCCUUCGCCAUCUCCUCUCCUGGGAUCUGGACGACAUCCUGUAUGUAAAACUCAACAUGCGGACACCGAGCUCCAAACGGAGCCUCACUCCAGGCCUCCCUGCCAAAAUCCGUGCCUGGAAUUCUUUAGACGCACGACUUUAUGACCAUUUUAAUGCCUCACUGUGGCGCCAGUUAUCAGCUCUGGGUCCAGCUUGUGUUGCCAGGGAGGUCCGACUCCUUCGACGAGCUCAGGAGAGGCUGAUGAGAAGCUGCUUCGGUGGGCGGAUGCCGCUUCUUCGCUCUGCUGCGCAGAUCAAAAACAAGGACCUCCGACCCUGGCAGCCUAGCGGAAAAGUCGACAUAGUGGGUUACGACCUCCCUGUAAAUCUCAGCCGUGGGUUCUCGAGCCUGGCCCAGGAGCUCUGCCUCAAACUCAUCAUGCCAGAAGUCCAGUACACUCGGGUUCUCCUACGUUCCCAAUCAAUCCGCUACCGUCGAGGCUACCAGCUCCGGCCUCCACAGCAGACACAUCCGUUACAGCAGCCCAUACGCACAGUCCUGCCCCGGCAUCCUCAAGUCCACCGCAGCCAACCACCGCCUGCAGCCCCUGGUCCUGCAUCAGGAACAGGGUCCACCUCCACCUCAAGUCCUGCUGUAGGAACUCAAGGUCGGACCACAAAAUUAGGGUCCCCACAGACCCAGGCCUCAUAG